AUCAUCUUCCGUCACCACCUUUUAUCAUCCUCUUCAUAAGAUGGUCAUCAGUCACUCUGAGAGACCUAAGAUCCCUUAACUCUUCCUCACUCUUCACAUCCUCUUAAAAGGCCAAAAGUUACAAAGCUUCAAAUCCUCUUUUUUGGGUGAAGUGAAGUACAUGGGAAAGCUAAGCUAGGCACAUUCCUCCUCUAGGACAAAAAUGUUGUCGAACCAGUUCGUAAUCUCCUUCUCCCUCCUCCUCUGUCUCCCCAUCCUCUUCUUCCUCCUCGCCCCUCAUGUCUUCCUUCCUCCUCCUCGCGAAUCCCCCAUCCCCAUCGCCGACGAGAUCGACGACCAGAUCCUCUUCCGCCGCGCCUCCGCCGGCUCCUCCUCCCAUCUCUCCUCCGGCACCCCACACCCCAAGCUCAAAAUCGCCUUCCUCUUCCUCACCAACUCCGACCUCCACUUCGCCCCACUCUGGGACCGCUUCUUCUCCCCCCACCCUCCCUCCCUCUUCAACGUCUACGUCCACGCCGACCCCUUCUCCAACGUCACCGUUCCCUCCUCCCCCUCCUCCGUCUUCCGCAACGCCUUCAUCCCCUCCGCCAAACGCACCUCACGCGCCUCCCCCACUCUGAUCUCCGCCACGCGCCGCCUCCUCGCCGCCGCCCUCCUCGACGACCCCGCCAACGCCUACUUCGCCGUCCUCUCCCAGCACUGCGUCCCUCUCCGCUCCUUCCCCUUCGUCUACCGAUCACUCUUCGAAUCCCCCCCGGACGAUCCGACGACCACCUCCAGAGGCGUCCGCCUCUCGUACCGUAGCUUCCUCGAGCUCAUCUCCGACGAGCCGAGGCUCUGGAAACGCUACGUCGCUCGGGGAAGACACGCCAUGCUCCCCGAAGUCCCCUUCGAGAAGUUCCGUGUGGGCUCUCACUUCUUCGUCAUGACGAGGAGACACGCGCUCCUCACCGUCAGAGACCGUGUCCUGUGGAGGAAGUUCAAGAUCCCUUGUUACGAGUGUUUCCCCGAGGAGCAUUACUUCCCCACGUUGAUGAACAUUAAGGAUCCUGAGGGUUGCACUGGUUACAGUCUUACACGUGUCAAUUGGACUGCUACUGUCAAGGGUCAUCCUUAUACUUACAAGCCUGAGGAAGUCUCUUCCGACCUGAUUCACCGGCUCCGGCUUUCUAAUCAUUCGAGCUCCUACUUUUUCGCUAGGAAGUUUAUGCCUGCUUGCUUGAAACCUCUCCUGGCCAUUGCGGAUUCGGUCAUCUUUAGGGAUUGAGAAUUUGCUUUCUUUUCUUGGGGAGAUUUGGAUAUUUUCUCCUUUGCAAGCAAUUGGAUGGAGGUGUUGUCAAUCAUAGAUUAUGGUUUCUUCAUAUGAAGGCAAUGUGCAAGCCAAUCACCAUCGCAUGAGGCUGGAAAAUACAAAGUAUUGAGAGAGAGGAAUGGAAUUUGUAUUUCAGAUGAUGAUGAUGAUUAGCUUAGAAAAUUUAUGCGCUUCUGAAAUGUUAUCACACGAGAAGGCUUAGAGAUACCAAAGAUGUAGGGUUUUCUUUUCUUAAUUCUUUUUGGGUGUAAAAUGGAAGAAUGCUGCUUUGCUUUUGCUUCUUUGGAACUAGUACUGUAGAUAAACCCCAAAGUCGUUGGGAUUGUAGCACUAAGGAAGAUAUAUAAGCAGGGAUUGUUUGUUC